UUCUAGCCGGUAGUGGCCUCCUGGGGGAGCUGUCAGAAAAGCGGCACACGAGCUGCCCUCAGAGGGCCAUGGGACUGUCCGAUGGGUCCGGUGAGUUGCAGGGCGCAGCCCAAAUUCCGCGUGUCCGCGAAGCGCUAGUAAUUCUGUGACUCCUGGCCUGGCUCAGUUCAGGAAGGGAACCGCCAAAUCCCCAGCAGGCAUUUCCCGUUUGCGGAGCCUUAGUUUACUGCCUUGCCGAGAUUUUCCGCAGGAGGUUAUCCACCAGCUGCGAGGGAUGGGGGCGGGAUCCGGCGCGACCCCUGCUCUUGAGGGUUGUACUGAACGUCCCUGGAGUGCUAAUAAAGGCGCUGCAGGGAAGUUGCUGCCUGCCAAGGAGCCCAGGCACGGCAGCUGUGCCAGCUGGGCGCGUUGGGACUGGGAGAGAAACGGCUGCAAGACAGGCUCUAGCCAGGCGGUGGACCAGCAGCGGCCUGAGUCGGCGGGGUAAUGUGCUCUCUUGUUGCUGCCGGCCCUUGCGCCCUCCCAAAGGGAAGUGCCAAGCAUCAAGGCUCCGCCCCUCAGGCGCGUGCUGCCUGGUAAGGGGAGGGAGCCCUUUAAGAAGACUUGAGAGAUCUUGAAGGAGGGGAGAGGGGCCUCUGAGAUCUCCUGGAGUCGGCGGCGGUGCAGAGAAUCUCUGAAGAUCUUCCUUGUGUCUGCACUGCUCCCUCCUCCAAUUGGACACCCAGGUUAGAGGGUCUUCCCAGGUGAAGUUUUCGAGUGGGAGCCUGUCUCUGGAGGUGACAGCUUGGACCCUGGAGGCCUGGUGGGUCCUGUCCUGAAGUUGGAGGGCAGUAUUCCUUACAGAUCUCUGGUUUGCUAGGUCUUAUCUAGGAACUUGCUCUCAGCCAGCAAGGUUGGGCUCCUGGUAGAAAAGCUGGGAAAGGGUCUGGACAGGAAUUGACAAAGGGAAGGAGGCCAAGGGCCUGAGAGGUAGAGGCCAGGGAGCGCAGUCAGUCUGGACCUGGACCCAGACCUGGACUUGGACUUGAAGUGGUACUUGGGGCUGGGCAGCCACACCUGGGCUGAAUGUGCAGGUUGUGCUCAUCCCUUGCUCCCUUCCGGAGAGACUUUGGCCCAGAAAGAGUCUUCCAGUAGCCAAAGUUCAGAUACUGCCUCUGUCUGGGUGUGAGCACAGGGCCCUCAGAGACCAGCAGAGUUGGAUCUACCCUUGAUCUUUGAGCCCAGAAAACUCAGGUAUGUGGCUCGGUGGUCCCAGUGUAGAAAAGGUCAGACCAGAGGAAUCAACUGUGUGUUUGUGGUCUCACCUCUCUAGACCACGGGACACAGCAGACAGAGGCACUCCUGUCUGCAGCCCAAGAAAUGGAGCUGCAGAGGAGAGAUUACCAUGUGGAAAGGCCGUUGCUGAACCAGGAGCAGCUAGAGGAUCUGGGGCACUGGGGCCCAGUGUCGAAGACCUACCAGUGGCGAACUUGGUUUCGAUGCUCCCGUGCUCGGGCCUAUUCUCUUCUGCUCCAGCAUGUUCCGGUCUUGGGCUGGUUACCCCGGUAUCCUGUGCGUGAAUGGCUCCUGGGUGAUCUGUUAUCUGGCCUGAGUGUGGCUAUCAUGCAGCUUCCACAGGGCUUGGCCUAUGCCCUCCUGGCGGGAUUGCCUCCUAUGUUUGGCCUGUACAGUUCUUUCUACCCGGUCUUCGUCUACUUCCUGUUUGGUACCUCUAGACACAUCUCUGUGGGAACAUUUGCUGUAAUGUCUGUGAUGGUCGGCGGUGUGACAGAAUCUCUGACAGCAGAUGAGGCCUUCGUGAAAGGUUUGAAUACCACAGUUGAUGGUGCCCGUGUGCAGGUGGCCUAUACACUCAGCUUCCUGGUUGGCCUCUUCCAGGUGGGGCUGGGCCUGGUACAUUUUGGCUUCGUGGUCACCUACCUGUCAGAGCCUUUGGUCCGCAGCUAUACCACGGCUGCAUCUGUGCAAGUCCUCGUCUCUCAGCUCAAGUAUGUGUUUGGCAUCAAACUCAACAGUCACUCUGGGCCACUGUCCGUUAUCUAUACAGUGCUGGAGGUCUGUGCCAAGCUGCCUGAGACUGUGCCCGGCACUGUGGUCACAGCGAUCGUGGCAGGAGUGGUGUUGGUGCUGGUGAAACUGCUGAAUGAGAAGCUGCAUGGCCGUCUGCCCCUGCCCAUCCCUGGGGAGCUACUCACGCUCAUUGGGGCCACUGCUAUUUCCUAUGGUGUGAAGCUGAAUGACAGGUUCGAGGUCGACGUGGUGGGCAACAUCACCACAGGGCUCAUCCCCCCAGUGGCACCCAAGACAGAGCUGUUUGCAACGCUUGUGGGAAACGCCUUUGCCAUCGCUGUGGUGGGCUUUGCCAUCGCCAUCUCACUCGGAAAGAUCUUUGCCCUGAGGCAUGGCUACCGUGUGGACAGUAACCAGGAGCUGGUAGCCCUUGGCCUUAGUAACCUCAUUGGAGGCUUCUUCCAGUGCUUCCCCGUGAGCUGCUCCAUGUCUCGGAGCUUGGUACAAGAGAGCACAGGAGGCAACACACAGGUUGCUGGAGCCGUGUCUUCUCUUUUUAUCCUUCUCAUUAUCGUCAAACUUGGAGAACUCUUCCGAGACCUGCCCAAGGCCGUCCUGGCAGCUGUUAUUAUUGUGAACCUAAAGGGCAUGAUGAAGCAGUUCUCUGACAUCUGCUCACUUUGGAAGGCAAAUCGAGUGGACCUGCUAAUCUGGCUGGUGACCUUUGUGGCCACAAUCCUACUAAACCUGGACAUUGGCCUGGCAGUCUCCAUAGUCUUCUCCCUGCUGCUCGUGGUGGUCCGAAUGCAGCUGCCCCAUUACUCCAUCCUGGGGCAGGUGCCAGAUACGGAUAUUUAUAGAGACGUGGCAGAAUACUCGGGGGCCAAGGAGGUCCCUGGUGUGAAAGUCUUCCGUUCCUCAGCCACCAUGUACUUUGCGAACGCCGAGCUCUACAGUGACUCACUGAAGGAGAAGUGUGGUGUGGAUGUGGAUCGUCUCAUCACCCAGAAGAAGAAACGAAUCAAAAAGCAGGAGAUGAAGAUAAAAAAGCAAAUGAAAAAAGCCAAGAAGUCCCAGAAACAGGCUGCUUCUUCCAAGAUCUCCUCAGUUUCCGUCAACGUCAACGUCAACACCAGCUUUGAAGAUGUCAAAAGCAAUGACGUUGAGGGCUUUGAGGCCAAGGUGCACCAAGGGGAGGAGCUGGAGGAUGUAGUCGCCAGCAAUCAAGAAGAUGCCAAGGCCUCAGCCAUGACCUCACUGAAGUCCCUGGGCCUGCCUCAGCCAGGCUUCCAUAGCCUCAUCCUGGACUUGAGUACCGUCUCCUUUGUGGACACUGUGUGCAUUAAGAACCUGAAGAAUAUUUUCCGUGACUUCCGGGAGAUUGAAGUGGAAGUGUACAUCGCAGCCUGUUACAGUCCUGUGGUCACCCAGCUUGAGGCUGGACACUUCUUUGAUGAAUCUAUCACUAAGCAGCAUGUCUUUGCCUCUGUCCAUGACGCUGUGACCUUUGCCCUCCACCACCGGAAGUCUGGCCCUAAGAGCCCUGUUUUGGCCACCAAACUCUGACUUUGCUGCAGGAGACUGCCUACCUCUGGAGGUUGUGACAGGUCACCCUCAUGAACCCCCCUGCCUCUGGGCCACUCCAGGUGCCACCUGGGACUCCGUUCCAUGUACCUGUACAUAUGACUCAUGGAUGGAUGUCCUGGGACUCCAAGUUCAGUGCUACAGGCCUGGAGCAGGGUAUUGCAGUCAGGCUGGCCUUGGCUGGGUGCUGGAAAGGAGCUGAUGUGGGUUUACAGCUUUGGGAAUAAAUGUGUCCAUCCAA